CACAUGCACAUUUACCUGUGUUACCGCCGUUAGGGGGCAGAGGCAGGUAUUAAUGGUUAACUAGUGUUACUAAAGGGAAGUGGCAAAGUUCAGUAGAGUGGGGAAGCUGCUGCAGCCAUUUUAGCUCUGCAGGACAUGCCUCAUACUGCUUUCCCAUCAGCUCGGAAGCACUUUAGGCGAACACAGUUAGCCAUCACCUGAUGUCGCUACAAGGCUGCUUGUAAAGACACAAUGGUGACACUGAAUCACUUGAGUGUAAAAGACGUGGACGAUGUCUCCCCCAUGCUGCCUGAGGCUGCAGACACUUCAGUAUUAACACCAGUCUUUCAUAGACAGCGAGAUCUCACAAAAACUGUGUCCAGACAGUUUUUCCUCAGCAGGGGUGAGAACCUUGCCUUCAGUUUUGUGCUGCUUAUCGGAUGCUACUCGGCCAUUUUGAUCCCUGCAUAUUUCCCUGUAGAUCAGGUGGAAACUCUCAGCAGUGGCGUCCAACAUCCCAAAGAUCUGGUGUUACUCAAUCGCUCAGCCGCACUGCUGUCGGGUAAAUGUCAGCCUCGCUGGUGCUUGAGCCAUCGGAAGUCUCUGUCCUGCUCUGCAGGCCUCGUGGACAUCCCUGUGUUUGUGCAGCAGGACAAGCCUGUGUCCUGGGAUCUGUCCCCUCCUCUGGGGCUCCAGGGCAGUGAAGAGCACCUGGCCCUGGCUCUUGCCUCUCUACCCGAGCACGGCCUCCCGCCUUCAUUGUGGAGAGAAGGCAGCUGCAGGCGAUGCAUGGUGGUGGGCAAUGGAGGGGUUCUUCACGGGAGCCAUCUUGGAUCUCAUAUAGAUCAGUAUGACAUUAUUAUCAGGCUGAAUAAUGCUCCAGUGAACGGCUUUGAGAGAGACGCUGGUUCUCGCACCACCAUCCGCCUCAUUUAUCCAGAGGGAGCACCUCACUUUGCAGAAGACUACAGGAAGACCACCAUGGUUGCACUGGUGGUCUUUAAGAACCUGGAUCUGGACUGGCUCACUUCUGUCAUCACCAAAAAGCCUCUGAGCUUUUGGUCCAAAAUGUGGUUCUGGAGGGAGGUGGUGGAUGAUAUUCCUCUGAGACCAGAGAACUUCAGGAUCCUUCACCCGGAGAUAAUUCGCAAGACGGGACAACUCCUACAGAAAUAUGUUCUGAACAAGGGCAACAAUGUGCCAACAUUAGGUGCCAGCGCGGUGGUGAUGGCUCUGCAGCUCUGUGACCAGGUGAGUCUGGCAGGGUUUGGGUAUGACAUGCAGCACCCAGAGGCCAGGCUUCACUACUACGAGACCCUACGUAUGGAUGCGAUGAAGGCUCAAGUUGUGCACGACGUCGGCGCUGAGAAACUCUUCCUGAGGGACCUGGUGGCUGCAGGAGCUGUGAGCGACCUCACAGGAGCUUUAAGGAGUCAGCGAGACUGAUAAUAUAGUGAACUCCACGUGAACUCAUCCCCCUCCCCUCCUCCCACUGUGAGCCUAUAUAGAGACCUUAUGGAAGAAUCCUACACAGCACAGACUGACCUUUAAAGUGCUCACAGUCUCCAGAGAAGCCGGAAGCGUGAAUAAUUGUGGAGACAAACCAAAGUCUAUC